GCCAGUGCUGUGGGAGCUGCCCCGGAACCUGCAGCUGGAACUCAUGGCCAGUCUCCAAUCCAGGCUGCAGGUACUGUGGGAGGAACAGAAGCUGGUUCUCUUGGAAGUCAGGGAAUGUGCCAAGUGGGGCAAGGAGCUAGAGGUCAUGGUAUGGGACCUCUGCAAGCCCAAUGAAUUUAACCGCUACAUGAUGUUCAUUGGGGACCUGGAGAAGGUGGUGAGCCUCUUGCUCUGCUUGUCCAGCUGCCUCGUCCGAGUCCAGAAUGCCAUCAGCAGGAUGGAUGGCAAUACAGAGGCUGAGGAGAAGCAAUUGCUGAAUGAACGACACAAGCUCUUGUCUCGAUAGCAGGAAGAUGCAAAGGACCUGAAGGAGAAUCUGGACCGGAGAGAACGUGUGGUCUCUGGAAUCCUUGCCAAAUACCUAACAGAGCAGCAGCUCCAGGACUAUCAACACUUUGUUCAAGUCAAGACCUCCUUGCUGAUUGAACAGAAGGACCUCGAAGAGCAGAUUAAAUUUUUCAAAGAACAAUUAGAAAAUCUUGACCAAAGCAUCCCCAUCUAACACCCACCACCAGGCCAGACAUUUUUAUAUGUUAUAUGUGAUGUUUCCCUGGAAAUCCACAGGUAGUCUCAUCACAGAGCUCAGUUUGGUGGAUUCUUCCAAUUCUGUUUGUGCCACAGCAUUGGCAAGUGUUUAGAUGUUCGGAGAUGCUCUAGGCACACUCUGGACGUGCCCGCCACUUGGACAGGGCCAACUGACAGCAUCUCACAGUUUGUAGCAAACUGCCUUGUGGACAUGACUGAUAGGAUUCAUUACUUCUGUUAACUGAAUGUGUAUUUCCCCUUAUUUUUGUCCGUCCAUCUGUUUCCAGAUUUACAUCAUCUCAAUAAAAAACCAUACAAAUA